UUCUCCCCUUGUACCCUCCUUCCCUUCCAACACAUCUCCGCUAUAAACCGAGAAGACUGAGCGUCUCCUGAGCACAGCUCAGCUAGCCCAAGCCUGCAGCGGCGAGAGGGCGCGCCAGCCUCGACACCCAGCCAUCUGCCUGCGGACCCAGGAAUCCUGGAGCCUGCAGAACUCUGGAGCAGUCCAACCGAGGGGCCCCUAGAACACCAUUUCCUCGGGGACCGAUACCGGCCCAAACAAGAUGUCUGAAUUGUAGCUCUUCUCAGCUGUUGGGGAAAAAAGGAAUGAAACCAUGGAUCCAUUAUACCCAAGGCCAGCUGGUGUGCUGGAUGGUGACUUUCAGAGAGCAAAUUUCUCCUCUGCUUUCAAUAGCAGUGAAAACAAAACAGUGGUGAUACUGCCUCCUCUGUCUGCUGUUCGAACAGUAAUCAUCCCCAUCAUCUACCUCCUUGUGUGUAUGAUUGGGCUCAGUGGUAAUGCCCUUGUCAUUUAUGUAGUCUUGCGGUAUGCUAAGAUGAAGACUGUCACCAACAUUUACAUCCUCAACUUGGCUGUAGCUGAUGUCCUCUUCAUGCUGGGUCUGCCAUUCAUUGCCACCCAAAAUGCCAUCUCCUACUGGCCCUUUGGCACUUUCCUAUGCAGGCUUGUGAUGACUGUGGAUGGCAUUAACCAAUUCACCAGUAUUUUCUGUCUUACCGUCAUGAGUAUGGAUCGGUAUCUUGCUGUCGUCCAUCCCAUUAAGUCUACCAAGUGGCGUCGCCCAAGGAUAGCUAGACUUAUAAGUGCUGCUGUCUGGACCUUCUCAUUACUGAUGUCCCUUCCAGUCAUCAUAUUUGCUGAUGUCCAGGAAGAUUGGAAUACUUGCAAUAUCAGCUGGCCUGAACCAGUGAAUAUCUGGGGAGCAGUCUUCAUCAUCUACACCUCUGUCCUAGGCUUCUUUGGGCCCCUGUUGGUGAUCUGCCUCUGCUAUUUGCUCAUUGUGAUCAAGGUCAAGUCGUCAGGGGUCCGGGUGGGCUCCACCCGGAGGAGGAGGUCAGAGAGGAAAGUGACCAGAAUGGUGGUCAUCAUUGUUGUCGUCUUUGUGUUUUGCUGGCUGCCAUUUUUCACUCUGAACAUUGUCAAUCUGGUUUUUAUCCUGCCUGAAGAGGCUGCCUCUGCAGGCGUAUACUUCUUUGUGGUGAUUCUCUCCUAUGCCAAUAGCUGUGCCAACCCUAUUCUGUAUGGGUUCCUGUCUGACAACUUCAAGCAGAGCUUUCAGAAGGUCCUGUGCCUCCGAAAGGGCUAUGGUGUUGAAGAUGGUGACGCCACUGACCAUAGGCUAGAGAAGAGCAGUCGCCUACAGGAAGCCAUGCUGUCCUCCAGAAAUACAGAAUUCAAUGGGCACAUGCAAACAAGCAAGGUGUAAAGGAACUCUUUCAGGAAGUGUAAAUAUGGUGGCUUGCUGGGAUGAAGAUUUCGAAAGACAUGGAUAAGAGUUAAAAAUAGGGAAACUCCCAAACUUCAGCUAUUGAAAAAUCUUCAUACUCCAUUUACUACCUAGUCUACAAACUAAGUUCAUGGGAUUAUGGGGUCCUCAUCAGAAGUGGAGGCGGGGCGGGGGGGGGAAGAGACAAAACUCUUGUGAAAGCUAUUUAUUGUACAUCGCCAACCUUGUCAUCAUGGUAUAUUCUAAGAUUCAUCUGAUAUUUCAAAGUUGCUUCCUCUGAAGUUAAUGUUUUCUAAAGUAUAAAUCUGGCAUGACAGCUAUGAAUAACAACCAUGUCAUUGUUUCAGAAGACUUGUGAGGGGGGAGAGUGUAGACUUUCCCUCACCUUCCUUCCCACAUCCACCAUGUUCCAUGAAUCUCUGACCUUGGGCGAGUCUCUGGGCCUUUGUUUCUUCCUCUGUAAAAAGAGUGGGGUAGUGGUGAACUGGAUGGUUUCCAAGGCUGCUUCUAUCUUUAAGUCGAAUGCUGCUUUUCCCAAGAAUAGUGAUGAGAAGGAAGUUUGGCAGACAGGUUCCAUUGUUCUCAAUUUCAAAUAAACCUGUGUACAGAGCAUUAGGUGGGGUAGGGGUGGCAUUCAAACAUUAGCUAAGAAAUGGAUCCCUGUUUUCAUGGGGGUAAUUUGUCUUUAAAUGCCCACUCCAUUUUCCUUAAAAAGGGAAGGGAUGUGAGGACCCACUUUUUUUCCCUGGGCAAUGAGGGUUAAGUGACUUUCUCAGGGUCACGCAGCUAGUAAGUGUCAAAUGUCUGAGGUCGGAUUUGAACUUAGGUCCUCCUGAAUCCAGGGCCAGUGCUUUAUCCACUGUGCCACCUAGCUGCUCCCAAGGACCCACUUUUAUGGGUAAUGUGGUCAGUAGCUUUUUGUACCCUCACAAAAAAGGAGCCAAGCUAGGCAUUGGGUAGUCUCCUGAAAAAUCAAAUUUGGGCAUAUCUUUCCUUAAUUCUAUUUUUGCCCCCCCCCACCCUUUUCCUUUGGAGGAACUGUGGAGGUGCAAAUUUAGAGCUCAAGUUGGGCUUGUUUUAAAAGUAACACUUGAUGGGGAGCAGAAACAAACAAAUCUAUAACCUUUUAAACAAUGUUCUUAAUGAAGUUGAUGGUGCAUUAGGAUGUUUGCUGAUAACCCCCAAGUGACAUGAAAUAUUGAUUAUUGACAAGCUGCUAUCCCAUGGGCUAUGUGUCUGCUUCAGUUCUGUGUGUCUGUGGUAGGGGCUGGAAUUAAAAAGCUAUUUUGUAAAAUGAAAGAGAAUUUUAAUUUCCCCUCACUGAGCUAAGGGAAUCCCUGUCAUUUACACACAGUCAAAAGGAGACAAGGUGACUACCACUUCAGCCUGGAUGCCACUUCAAUCCUGUAUGACUGUCAGAGGCUAAGGGAAUGGGGAGGGCAUCUUUUGCAGCUGUGAAGAGGGAGGGCUACCGGAGCAGGCAGUGCAGUAUUCUCUAAUCCCUGCUCCUGCUGCCUUGUUGGACCAUAUUGAUUCAGUGUUAGCAGAUACAGCUUUAGUGGAACUGUAGCCCAUGAACUAGAAGCAAAGGUGUGUGUGAGCCUCUCCCUGAGCUGGCAAUCAAUACCCAGGUCAUGUCCCCCAACUCAGCCCAGAGUUCUUUCUACUGCUCCACAAUCAAUAAAUGUUUGUUGAUCAAAUAUGAGCUCCCGUUCCUUCUUUUUUUUUCUUUUUUUCUU